GUGAAAUGGCAGUUCUAUGAAAAGAAAUCAUAGUUAUUUACAUAAAUAUUAUUAUUUUUUAUACAUUACACACAAUUACAAGAAAUACUCCCAUUGGAAAGUGUUUUUACACUUAACUCCGUUCUAUUUUGGUGUAAUUUACUACAAUAAAGGAAAAACAAGCUAUCCUGAAAGAGCUACCGAAAUUACUUGUUACACACAAACAUGAAUGUAAUCAUCACUGAUAAAAAGUGGGCAAGGCAUAUAUUUUCUCAGUCCAAUUUCUUGUUGCUCUAAUGGUUCUCACUGAGAAAAGUGGUAAAAUGAGUUCAGAACAACCUCUAAAGAAAAAGUUGAGAAGAGAGAAUGAAACAGACAAUUCAGAUGAAACAGAUUUUAUCCAUAACUUAGCAGAUGAUACAGUUCCAGCAGAUUUCCAAGCUCUGCAUUUGUCUCUCCCUCAUAUCAAUGAGGAUGACAUUACUAGGAAUACUGUGAAUUUACAUUAUAGUGAAAAUGGUUUGUUUAGGACUAGUGAUAGAACUGAUAAAUUUGAUAGUAGUGGUAGUGAAAGUAAGGACAAGGAUGUAUCAACAUCUGAUGUGGAUUUAGACAAUCAAGUUUCGUAUAUAUGUAGCACUGAAAAUAUUUCAAUCACUCCAGCUCCAGAUAUUAGUUUCACAUCUAAUUCUAUAAAUGCUUCUAUUAAUAAAUCGGUCCAUGUAAGUUGUGCAUCACAUGCAGCGCACUGUGACAAUGUUGAGAAUGGUGAUGAGAUUAAUAAUGAUAAUUAUUUUGGUUUAGAUGAUUUUCAAAAGUAUUUGAUUAAGCAAUGUUUGUGUGGAGUUCCAGAUUCUAUUCUUAGGAAACCUUUUGAAGGACAACAGGUUAAUGAUUGUGGUGGAGUAAGGACAGCUAUGCUAUCUGAAUGGUCAGAUAAAAAGAUACUACAGUUUCUAUCCAAUCUGCAACUUUUGUUUGAUGUUUAUUUAAAACAAAACAAUAAAGGGUUUAUUUGUUCAAAUAUUGUAAGUAUUUGUGAAGCACUAAUAUGUAAUGAAUAUAAUUUAAUUGAACAAAUAAUAUCGUUAUGUGAAACAAGAAAUAAGUAUAUCAAUUUUUUGGCAGCUAGAACUUUAAGUAGUUUUCUGGUAAUAGCCAAAACAAAUAUUAAUAAUGAAUGGCUAGAAACUAUAGUAAAUUUCUUUUCCACUGAGAACUAUGAUUACGUUAAAAUUCAAUUUGCCUUAGAAGUAGUGAAAAGGGUUGUAGAAUGGAAAGAUGUGGAAUUACAUGUUUUGGAGGAGGCAGAUACUCAAGGAUCAGAAGGAAGUAGUUCCCAAAAUGAAGUGGUAAAUUCAAAUUGUGUAACAGUGCCUUUUACUGAUCCAGAUAGUUAUGAUACUUCAGCAAUAAAAGGUUUGAUCAUAAAGAGUCUGGAAGCUAAAUGGCCAGAACUAAUUCAUAUGGUUCAAACAUUAAUUUUGCAUAACAAUUCAAUACCAGCACAAACAUGUGUUUUAACAUUUCUUGCUCUAUGGGAAAGUACCAUUUCAGUCAAAGCAAAUUUGAGUGUCAUAGAUACUAAACCAUUUUAUGCACACUUAGAAAUAUUUGUUGGUAUGCUCAAUGGCCAGUUGCCACCCAUAGUUUGGAAACAGAUACUCUCAUUAUUUAAUGAAGUACUCUGUUAUGGGAGCACACUUGCCUUACAAGAUAUGCUACCAGAUGACACAUGUCAGUUGGCCCAUCUUUUAGUAAGGUAUGUGAAAGAUUAUCGACUGUUAGAUAGCUUGCCUUACAAACGUAAUGAGGGAUUUAUAGUGAAUAGUUUUGUGGGAACUAUAGUUAGCUUACAACCUGGACAGAGUAGCGUUGAUAAAACAUUAUUGCAAAAAAUGGUUUUACUUGUACUAAAAUCUGUGGCUGUUACAAUUAAGGAAACAAGGUCAGACAGUUCCGAUUCCAGUGUAGGUUCAGAUGAUUCAGAUUUUUAUCAAGACAUGCAACUUAUUGAACGUUCAAUUAGGGACGUUCUUAAGAAGGUUGAUGUCUUUAUUAAAAACAGCUUGGACUUUCAUCCUGAAACACCUUUUUCAAAAAUACUUGUACAUUUAUUCAGUGAUCAAGAUGAUUAUAUGAUAGAAGCUAUGGUAUGUACAUUAGACAUAACUGUUGGUAUUUCUUAUAGAAAUGCGGUAUAUCCAGAUUUAAUAAACAUGUUAAAUCCAAUACAUUCGUUUAUAGAAUUUUUAAAGGUGGUAAGUCAUGAUCCAGAAAUACUUUUAGAUUAUCUAGUAAGUAACGAAACAUGUUUUUUAUUGUACUUGUUACGGUUUCUAAAGUUUACAAAAAGAAACUGGUCAAAGUUUAUAAGUAGUUGUGGAGAGGGUAGUACUUCGAGGGGAAAUGAAUUAGAUGACACUAUGAGUGUUCUAAUUAGGUUAAAAAUGCAAAUAAGUAGGUUAGUUUCGAGAGAUCUGUUUCCCUACAAUAUAACGCCAAUCUUGAGAUUACUAGAAGUUUGUGAAAAUCUGUAUGAGGGGAACGAAUUUAGUUGAUAGUGACAGUUAAAAAUUCAAUUUCAUCUAACUAAAGUACAAACGAUUAUUGCCUUAGUUAAUAUGCUAAUUUUAAUAUUAUUUAAUGCCUCAUCCAUAAUAUUUAAUUUAUUAAGUUAUUUUAUGAUAAGGUUAAACGAAAAUUUAUAAAGUACACUGUUCAAUACUUUUAAAAGUUGAGAGAAAAAUAAAAUUAGACUUUUCACAUUUAAUAUACACUUUAUAUGAUUAUACACGAACUGUAAGUUGAAGUGGAACACUAUAUAUUGUUUGCAGUAUUUUUAAAUUAAAACUGCUGUAUCAUUCAAAUGGCUUCCAAUUUUUAUGAAAUAUAAGUUAAAAAAUUGAUCUUUGUAUUAACUUAUACAUAAAUUAAAUCUUUCAAACUAAUAAUUCAUUUAGCAUAAUAAAAAUUACGUCGAUACAUAAUUGAAGAAAAAUAAAAUUUGCAAUUGUUUUUUUCAUAAUUUUAGUAAUUAUCAUCAAUGUUGCUACAGCUCUAUAAUAGAGCCUCCAACUUUGCAAGUCUAUUGCAGUCAGCCCUAUUCAUUGUGAAUUUACUGCAGCUAGUUUUCUAGCAUAUUCAUCUGUACAUCCUUUCAUCUAAGUUUUGGCCUACCUGUCUGUCUACUUCCCACUGACUGUGAUUUAAGAAAUCAUCUAUGAGGGUUGUUUUGCUGUGAUCUUGCUAAAUGUGCUGCCCAUCUUAGUCUUUCUAUUUUUAUGAGAGAUAUUACGUAUUUACCAUUAGAUAUAUCUGUUUGUAUUUGUAGUAUAUCAUAGUUGUAUCUCCCCCUCCAAAUGCCACUUUCAAAGAUGCUCCAAAUAUUCCCGUAUAUGAGUAAGAAGCCAAAAUCUUGACUUAUCACUCAACAGACAAUUCUCAAUACUAGACCAUUGUAAGAAUUGUCUUGUCCAGUUUCUUUUAACUUUAUGUGCUGAGCUGUUUGCGUCUUCUUUUUCUUGUUGGCGUUGACGUUGGCGACAUCAUUGGAAAUUCUCGAUCUUCCAUCACAUGGAAUAAUUGUCUUGUGUUUGAUAUCUGAGUUCAUUCACGAAUGUUUUUAACCAAGAAACCUGUUUUCCUCCUAAACCUAUAUGGUCUUCUAUUUUGCCUUUACGGAUCAGUUGUAAUAUUUUGUAUUAAUUUCUCCUCACUAUAUGUCCCAGAUAAGACAUUUUUCGGUGUUCAACAGUCUUCAGCAAUUCUCUUUCUUUGUUGACCCUCCUUAGUACUUCCUCAUUAGUUUUUCUUGUUUGUCAAUAUAUCUUCAGCAUCUGUUUAUGAAUAUAUACAUUUCCAAUGUUUCAAUUCUGUUCAUAAUUGAUACUUUUAGUGUCCACACUUCUGCUCCCUACAAAAGUACAGACCAAAUAUAGCACUUAACCAUUCUUUAUCUUAUUUCGAAACUGUUAUUCUUGUAAUUACUAUUCUUCGUUUUAUUUCUAUGUCUGGAUCUAGUUGGUUCGUUAUGACAGUUCCCAAGUAUGUAAUUGUGUGAACUCUUUCAACUUGGACUCCAUUUAAGUGAAGCUCUGUAUCUGGAUGUGGGUUACAUCUAAAAUUGGAGUUUAUUUUAAUGCCCAUUUCCUCUCCUACUUCUUGAAUUUGAUCAAGCGGAAUUUCGAGACCGUCAGUAUUUUCUGACAGUUUGUGUACUGUUUUCCAAAUUCAACAAUCAUGUGUAGC